GGGAGCUGGAGCGCCGGUGCAGAAGCGCCGGGCGAAGAGGGAGCGAGCGAGACCGGAGGGGAAAGCUAGCUAGCUGGCAGCCGCGGGCAGGAUGCGCUGGGCACGGAGCGGCAGGCGGCACUCGCCUUUGGUGGCCGCGGCGGGGAUUUUAUUGCUGUGCUUGGCCGGCCCAGCCGGCGCUCAGGAGGUCCAAGCCGAGAACGUGACGGUAGCAGAAGGUGGUCAGGCGGAAAUCAACUGCAAAUUGCACCAGUACGAUGGCUCCAUAGUGGUGAUCCAGAACCCCUCCCGCCAGACGCUAUUUUUCAAUGGCACAAGAGCUCUGAAAGACGAGCGUUUCCAGCUGAUGGAGUUUACCCAGAAGCAGGUCCGCAUCGUGCUCUCCAACGCCCGCCUGGAGGAUGAGGGCGGCUACUUCUGCCAGCUGUACACAGAAGACACGCACCACCAGAUUGCGAUCCUCACCGUGCUGGUGCCCCCUGACAACCCUAUGGUGGAGGUGAAAGAACAGGCGGUGGAAGGAGGCGAAGUUGAACUCACCUGCAGCGUGCCCAGAUCACGCCCUGCUGCUACCUUGCGCUGGUACCGGGACAGAAAGGAGCUAAAAGGAUUCAGCAGCAGGCAGGAAGACGGAAAGGUCUUCAGCGUCACUAACGUCGUGCGUUUCCGGGUGGAGCGCAAGGACCACAGCAGCAUCGUGAUGUGCGAAGCGACCCACCCGGCGCUGCGCGGGCAGCGCAAACAGACGCAGUACGUGCUAGAUGUACAGUAUUCACCCACAGCACGGAUCCACCCUCCACAAGGCGUGAUGCGAGAAGGAGACACCCUGAUUCUGACUUGUGCUGUCAAUGGCAACCCACUCCCCACAGACAUCAAAUGGAGCCGGGCAAACGACUCAUUGCCAGAGCGGGCCCUGAUAGAGGGUGAGGUGCUGACCAUCCCCAACCUCAGCAUGCUGGACAACGGGACCUACUCGUGCCAGGUGGCCAACAAGCACGGUCGCUCAUCGGACCAGUACGUGCUGGUGGUUUACGACCCUGGAGCUAUUGUGGAGGCCCAGACGUCGGUGCCCUAUGCCAUCGUAGGGGGCAUCUUGGCUCUACUGGUCUUCCUCGUCAUCUGUGUCCUUAUAGUCAUGGUGUGGUGCUCCAUCCGGCAGAAAGGUUCCUACCUGACCCACGAAGCAAGCGGACUGGAUGAACACGGCGAAGCCCGCGAGGCCUUUCUCAACGGUGGUGAUGGCCAUAAACGGAAGGAGGAAUUCUUCAUCUAAGCGUUGGGGAGGAGCGGGAGGGGAAUGGGGGUGCUGGGGACGGAAGGUUGUGGGGGGGGGGAAGCGGCCAAGGAGGGGGAGCAAUGGAUCGGGGAGAGAUUUAUACAGAAGUUGCCGCUCGUGCUGGGAAGGGGUGGGUGGGGUUGGAUUAAGAAAAAGGAAAAAAAGAUUUAAAAAAAAGAUAAAAUGGGGAGGGGGGAAGACAAACACUUUAAAAAAAUCCAUUGUGAAAAAACAACACAUGGCCACCACUUUUUCGGUUUUAUUUUUGAAACCGAGGACUUUAGCCCCGCCCCUAGCCAUGAAGCUCCGCCUCCUGCCAUGGGCUGCUCUUCCCCCGUCUUACCCCCCCAACAUGCCCUUUUCGCCAGAGUUACACCCGAUGAACUCUGGGGAGGGGAUGCGUCUGUAUGCGUACAUAAGGCUCUGCUUGUGAAACUGGGGGUGGGGGGGAAAUAGCCAUGCCCCUUUUCCCUUUGGGGAGAAGCAGAGUGACUGGAGACGCCUGUGUGUGUGUGUGUCUCUCUUUGUAAAUAGCUCAGAAGUGGUCCUGGGGGAGGUAGGGAGAUGGACGACACAGAGGGGGGCGGAGGCUGCCGAGAUUGCCGGGGUGGUGGUGGUGGUGGUGGGGAAGGUGGGGAGACCCUGUCAGAAAGAGGACCCAGCCCAGGAGAGCCAACAGCGGCUUGUUAGCACUAAUUCCCCUCCCCCCCAAAUAUUCGCACUGAGUCUCAAAAGUAUUGGACGAGGGAGAUGGGGCUAACUCUGUUCCCCCUUGGACCCUAGCGGCGAGGACCUCUCGCGUCUGUUUCCAGCCAUCAUAGAGGGAGGGAGGCAGGCAGCUGGGUCUAAGGGUGUGAUGCAGGACACAAAGGCUGGGAGUCUCCUGAUGUCUUGAGUUCUCUUCAGGGCAUUCGUCCUUCUUGGCCGCACCCUUCUUGAUGUUAGGCCAGCCAGAAGGGGGCCUUAAAGAUGCAGGUUGGACUCUUUUUUUCUUUUCUUUGGUUUGUUUUCCUUCAAAGCCAUGAUAGUUUGGGGAGGGAGAGGGAGGGGGGGAAGAGAAAAGGGGUGUCUCUUGUCUGUCUCUGUUGUCCGUGUUCUGUGACGUGCUCGACUGGAGGGGGGCGCGCAGGGGAUGUGGGACAGGUGCACCCACGGGGGGCAUCGGAUCCUCAUCUCUGCUUCUGUCUGCCUGCUUUCCCCUCGGCGGUCAAGCGUUGCCUCCUGAGCCAAAGCCCAAUUUCUUUUUAAAGCGGCGUGAAUUUAAAGUCGCUGGCAAAAGGAGAUGGACCCUGGGGUGGUUUGAAAUCAUCCUUCUUGCCGCGCACGCCGGCGGGGAUAUCCUCCAGCCUCUGAAUCCUAGCAAAGGAACUCAGGCCUGGCUGGCAAACCCUUUUGGCCCUGCUCCCUUGCCGCUCGGUCUCCCACUGGAAACCGCCACGACCGCCCGCUCCACGCAGAGCUGAAAGCGAGGUUCGCUAAGAGGCGCACCUCGCUCGGCGCUCGGUUGGGUUGCCCUUCAAUGAUCUUAACGUCCCCAGUGGUGACUGUUACAAACACGUCGUCUCCUGCAGAGGUGGCCACAGCACAUUGCUUGGGGUGGUGGUGACUUCUUUGAGGGGCAGCAGCGUUUGGGUGGUCUUUGUGGACAUGGCUUCACCACCGUCACCAUCAUCACCAUCACCACCACUCCAGAGGCAGAUGCUCCCCUAACCCUGGGGGGGAGGAGCCCCACUGUUUCAUGCUUCAGCCCUCAGAGGGGGUUGUCAAAAUGGACUCCCACCUCAUCCUCCCACAUCCACCCACAUCCUUGGGGCAACGCGUGGGUUCCCUCCUACGUUGCCGACUUUCCUCGUUCGUGCCAGUAGAUGCCCAGCCCUCGCUCCUUCUGUACCCUUUCCCCCCCCCAAUUUGCCUGCCCCCUUUCCUUUUGUCUUUUGUCAGGGGGGGGGGCAUUGAGAACAAAACAAGAAGCAACCGAUGUGUGAUUCUGUGUCCGUCUCUGGCUCGCAGUUUUUAUUUUAUAUUGUUGAGGUCUUGGAAGGGGAGAUUAAAAAAAAAAGAAUGGAAAAAAAAUAUAAUAAUUAAUAUAUAACUGGGGGUCGGGAAGUGUGCAGAGGGCUUGUACCCCUGCAGCCUAAGACUGUUUCCCCUGUGCCCGAAAGUUAAUAUAUAUGUAAAUAUCUAUGUCUGCCUUUUAACCACCUUUGAUACUUCAAUAAAUCCCCCUGAUUAAUUCUUUUAACACCA